UGCUUUUAGGUUACGGUGAAAAAAAUCAUCCAUUCUCAAAAUUUGGGAGCUAAAACGUUACCAUUGAUUGAUUAUUAAGAAGGCUUUCAAUUUUUCGUAAAUCCCAACUAGGAGUAACUAGUAAUUACCCUCUCCUUCAUUCUCAAUUCAAUUCUCAGCACCUCUCGUCGGACGCCGUCGCGCAGCUGUCGUCGGUCUCCAUCUCCCGCCGCAAGCUCGCCCUUGCAUAUUCCCUCCCUCCCUCCCCCCAUCGCCUCUCUUGCUCUUCCUCUCUCUUCAUCUCCGAUUUUGUGGCAGUGCCAGAGCUCAGAAUCCACCCAGAAUUUUAUCUUCAGUGACGCCUCGUACAACUCGACCGUUGUGUCGUUGGCGGAGGUGCAGAGGCGCUAUUUAUAGUCUCAGUGAGUGCAAUCAGAAGGUCACCAUUUGAAAUUAGCUGAUCUUGCUGGGGAAAUUUUCGCUUUUGGGUUAGUCAUGGCGUAUGGUGGUCCAGCCACAGUGGCUGGCUCAGCUUCGACUUCGUCAAUCAGACAGGUCAAGCUGGACAGAGAGAGCGAGCUUAGGAUUGAAGUUGGAAGUGACUCGCCUCUCCGUUUGCGGCUGCUCUCCGGUAAUGCUGAGAUUUUCGGCACUGAGCUUCCUCCUGAAAUAUGGCUCACUUUGCCACCAAGGCUGAAAAUUGCCGUCUUCACUUGGUAUGGAGCCACACUUGAAAUGGAUGGGGCGACUGAAACUGAUUAUACAGCAGAUGAGACACCCAUGAUUGGUUAUGUGAAUGUUCAUGCCAUACUUGAGGGACGAAGAAGCCGUGCUAGAGCAUCAUCAUCUGAUGAUCCUGGUUCUACUCAGGGUCCAAGGGUAAUUGUUGUGGGGCCUACUGAUUCGGGAAAGAGCACCUUGUCAAGGAUGCUUCUUAGUUGGGCUGCAAAACAGGGUUGGAAGCCUACAUUUGUCGACUUGGAUAUUGGCCAAGGUUCUAUAACAAUUCCUGGAUGCAUUGCUGCUACUCCUAUUGAGUUGCCCAUUGAUCCCGUGGAAGGUAUUCCACUCGAAAUGCCGCUGGUUUACUUUUAUGGACACACUACUCCAAGCAAUAAUGUUGAUCUGUACAAAGUACUUGUGAGGGAGCUUGCUCAAGUACUGGAGAGGCAAUUAACUGGCAAUGCAGAAUCUCGAGCUGCUGGUAUGGUUGUCAACACAAUGGGAUGGAUUGAGGGAGUAGGAUAUGAGCUGCUUCUACAUGCAAUUGAUACACUCAAUGCAAAUGUUGUCUUGGUUUUGGGUCAGGAGAAACUUUGGAGCAUGCUCAAAGAUGUACUAAAGAACAAGCCUAAUGUAGAUGUUGUGAAACUUCAGAAGUCAGGUGGAGUUGUAUCCCGAAAUGCUAAAUUUCGUCAAAAGGCCAGGAGUUACAGAAUAAGGGAAUAUUUUUAUGGACCUGCAAAUGAUCUCUCACCACACUCGAACAUUGCAAACUUCAGUGAUCUUUUUAUUUAUCGCAUUGGAGGUGGGCCACAGGCCCCGCGUUCAGCUUUGCCUAUUGGAGCAGAACCUACUGCUGACCCCACUAGAUUAGUGCCUGUCAACAUUAAUCGGGAUUUGCUCCAUUUGGUUCUUGCUGUUUCAUUUGCUAAAGAACCCGAAGAAAUUAUCUCAAGCAAUGUUGCUGGAUUUGUUUAUAUUACUGACAUCGACAUCCAAAGGAAGAAAAUUACAUAUCUUGCACCAUCGGCCGGGGAGCUUCCAGGCAAGUAUUUGAUCGUCGGAACCUUAACCUGGAUUGAGACCUGAAAUCCAAUACCACAAGUUUGUUUGUUUUGUUUGUGACAUUAGGGCAGAGGAAGUAAAAGAGGGAACCAUAAAUUUUCUGAGGUCAAAAAUCAUUGUAGGCAUUAGAUGUGAAUAGAUAUAGUUCAGGAAUUUGUGUUGUGAUGCACUGUGCAAUUUUAAAUAUGGGGGUGAAUUUUUUAAACUUAUGAGAUGUUAGCCAAAGAUGAGGUAUCAAUUGUCAUGUCAAUCUUAGUUUCAAAUUCUUAAA